AUGGACAAGCUUCACAACCUCCUGACUCCCAUCACUGGGGCAGAAAAGAUAGGCUUCAUCGACACGUCCAAACAAUCCUUCUACAUCUCUGCUAUGGCAAUAGCAUUCAAUCCGAUCUUCUGGAACGUCGUGGCACAAACAGGUAAUUACGCCCAGCACUACUCACAUAUCCAUUGCUUCACCCUGGUCGAAGAGCAAACUAACGCAGGCAACCACUCUUCAGAAUACAGGACCCAUUUCCUCACUCGCACCUUCGGCUCUCCCAAACUAGGUUGCUACUUCCUAGCUAUCACAAUCUUUUCCCUCGGUAUUUUCCGCGACUACCUCUACACUGAGGCUCUAGACGAACAGCCAUUCUACCCACCACUCCAUAUGCCAACGACCGGAAUAACUCUUCUCGGUAUCGGUAACCUGCUGGUACUGUCCUCAAUGUACGCCCUCGGCGUUACAGGGACUUACUUGGGUGACUACUUCGGCAUUCUAAUGGACGAACCAGUGACUGGAUUUCCAUUCAAUGUCACUGGCGCGCCCAUGUACUGGGGCAGUACCUGCAGCUUCCUCGGAACGGCACUUUACAAAGGCCGAGCUGCAGGUGUUGUACUCAGUGCUGUAGUGUUUUUCAUGUAUUUGGUAGCAUUACAGUUCGAGGAUCCUUUCACUGCUCAGAUAUAUGCAAAGCGUGACAAAGAAAGAGCCAUUCAAAUUCGUGAAGGCAAGAAGAAGGCUUGA